AUGGCCCAAUACAGGGAAAUCGAGACUUGCCCAUCUCUUAAUUCACCCAACUUUGGUACAACACUGGAGAUCUCAGCUCUGGCCAUGCUACGGCGACCCAGCUUUGAACCAGAUGAACAACUGCUUACAUCUAAUGCGAAAAGAGCGCUCAGUCUUUUAGAUGUUUUGCAACAUUUUGUAAUAGAACCAAAAAUAAACCAUCCUGCCGAACCACCAACACAUGGAUGUAAAUACCACGUUGACUUGUUCACAGCUGCCGAUGAAGACAAUAAUGAGUGUUACAAACAAGCUUUAAGUUACGAAAUACCAGACUGUGUGGAUUCGGUAUGCAAAUGUGGAGUUGCAAUAUCACCAUUUCAACCUAAGAACAUCACACAAUUAAAAGAUAAUAUGUACAAAAUCGAGUUUGAGAAAACAGAACGAGUCAUAGAUAUAAGAUUGGAAGAUAUAUUCGAUCGCAUUCGAUAUAAGGAUGAAAGCGAUGGAAGAACAGAACUGAACAUUCCUAUCAAGCACAUAGAGUUCCUCAAUACAGAGGAUGCACUUGUGGUACCUUUUCAGUCGUUUCAGGAAGGAAAGUCAUACACAGUCGAUGUGGAGCUUCAACUGGACAACUGCCUAUAUCUCUUCCAAGAAAAAGUAAUUGUUCCUAUAGAAGAUGAAACUGAAACAAUCAAGCACAAGAUUAUUUAUAUGGGAGUGUCAUUGGUACUACUUUGUGUGGUGGUUUUUUAUAUAUUACUAAGGCAGAAACCUCAACUAGUAAGAGAGUUGAAGAAAUAUUUACCGUUUCUACCCUCAGCGCAUGAUUUGCCAGUGCAUGCAUCAGAUGUGGGACCAAAAAUAGCUAAGGAACUGGUCAAUUCCCAAUACACACCACUAGAAUUUAUCUUGAAUGCCCAUAAAUUCGAUACCUAUGAAUUUCCAAGGAACAAAGUUAUCAUUAGGAAUGAAAUUGGAGGUGGAGCUUUUGGCAAAGUUUAUAAGGCGGAAGUUUACGAGCUUUAUGGCAAACCUGGAUAUUCUAUAGCAGCAGUUAAGAAGCCAAUAGAAAAUGCUCCACCCGAAGAAAUAUCCGAUUUCCUACUUGAAAUCGAGACGAUGAAAAAGAUAGCCGACUCGGGCGGCCACAAGAACGUCAUCCAAAUCCUGGCCUGCGUAACUAUGGACGUUCCCUACAUGAUGAUCAUGGAGCUGGCACCUUGCGGUUCACUUAAAGGCCAUUUAUCUAAUUUGCGAAAGGAAUGGGAAAAGAGAAAGAAGAAAAAUACUCCACGUCAUUUUUUCCCCGACAAUAUGGUGAUAGAAUGUUAUUUGCCAGAAGAGAAUUUACCAGCUACCCAACCAACUGAAAAAUUAAAAUACAGUGAUUUGACUUUUGGAAGUCGCGACGAAGAUAUAGAAAGUUCUGGAACGGACUCCUACAUCACACCAGAAACUCCAAGAUCUAUUCCGAGUACACCGGGAUCACCUCACGUGCCACCCAUUCGACCUACCGUACGGAAGAAGCCACUGAGUUUACCUAAAAGGCGCAAUUCAAGAACACCAAAAAGUACAGAGGUAGUACAGGGUAGUCCUAAUACUCCGGAGUCUGUAAGCUCUACAGGCUUGCCAUCAGGCACAGAAACUGUUACAACAUUUUUGGAGUCUCCUGUUACGCCACUGAUACACAUAAGUGAGGAGGAGGAGGAUUGUGUCAAACCCGUUCUAGAUAGUAGUGAAUUGCAGAAUUUUUCCAUGCAAAUUGCCAGCGGUAUGGCGUAUUUGGAAAGUAUAAAAAUUACUCAUCGCGACUUGGCAGCCAGGAACAUUCUGAUAAACGAGAACAAGGUUCUGAAAAUAUCAGACUUCGGCAUGGCCAGGAUAGGGGUGUACGUGAGCAGCGCCCAAAAAAGACAACCAUUGCGCUGGAUGGCGCCGGAAGCGCUCGAGAGCAGGAUGUGCGACAACAAGACUGACGUUUGGUCCUUUGGAGUCGUUCUGUGGGAAAUUGCAAGCCUGGGUGCUUUUCCCUACAAAAACCUAAGCAAUGAAAGCGUAAUUAUCCACAUUAAAGAAGGUAAAAGACUGGAAAGACCCCAAACGUGUACAGACCAGGUUUACAACCUCAUGAAAAAAUGCUGGCAGCAGCAUCCAGAUGAUCGGCCAACUUUCGAAGAUAUUUCCAGAGAAUUGGAUCCAACCAGAGGAAAGAUAUACGUGGAUUUCAGCAAAAUAUCGCCCAAAUAUAUAUUCCCUCCAGCACAGGAAGCAGUGGAUUAGCACGACAAUAGAUGAUAAGUUAGGUUAUGAUUGAACUAGAGUUCUUUGGGACCCAAAAAUCUAUAUAAGAUUUUAUAUAAGUUGAACAUACCAAUAAUACAGGUACUAAUAAUGGGAUAUGACAAAGACUUACGACAUAUAGUCCUAAUAAGAUGUCUAUGAUUUUUUUCAUAGCAAAGUGGCAAGUCAGAGAAAUAGAAUUAGUUAAAUGAAUAAAGCUUGAUUUUCAUGCAUCCCAUAUUAAUUUUAUUGGUUGAAUUUAAAAGCUUCGAUUGGUUAACUGUUUCUAACCAAUCGAAGUGCUUAAAUUCAACCAAUAAAAUUAAUAUCGUAUCAUCGUAUCGUCGGACAACGGAUGCAUGAAAAUCAAACUUAAACGGCGCAGAAUAUUUCAUAUUAAAGUAUGAAUUUAUUUGAUGUCAGAAUUUAGGUUUUGUUUUACGGGGAACUUAUACCUAAGUGCUGGUAUUUUGUACAGGGUGAGUCAACUAUAAAGUCCAUUAUCUCAUUUGUU